ACUCAGACACUGUUCCACCGCCACUCCAUAGCCAAGCCUUGCGUAAUAGCCCUAUAGACUGUACAUGUGUGACUGAAUGUUAACUAGGCCUAUUCUACAGUAGUAGUUUGUGUUUGUUGGUCUUGCGGUGGGGAUGUAGUUUAUUUGAUCUCUAGCUGUGACUAUAGGCCCUCCGUUUGGCGUUUCCACGUCUACAUAUCUGUUGUGUGCUACUGCGCCUGCGCCAUACGUGGUACCCAAAUCCUCCCAUUCAAUUCAAUCCCGAACAGACAGGGAUCAAGGGAAGAAGACAAGAACUGGAAGCAGAAGACCAGAGGAAUCGGAACAAUCGGGGGAAAAAGAAAGAGAGCGAUAACAACCGCUACAAGUCACGGUUAUCCACCAUACUUUUUGUCGGUAAAGGAGAGAGGCGUGUGAAGAUGAAACAGUGCGUGCACGGGAUGAUAUAUCUGGCGGUUCUGGUGGCGUUUGCCGCCUGUGACGCCCCCCCGGUACCGUUAGAUGACAUCGUGAUUGAGAAAACGUUCGUGCCAGAGCAGUGCGUGCGCGCUGUGAAAGUAGGGGAUUAUGUUCGCUACCAUUAUAAUGGCAUGUUCCCGGAUGGAAAGAAAUUUGACUCCAGCUAUGACCGCAGCAGCACCUACAAUGUGUAUGUGGGUAAGAAGCAGCUGAUUGAAGGGAUGGACAGAGCUCUGGUAGGGAUGUGUGUCAACGAGAGACGACUGGUCAAGAUUCCCCCACAACUGGCCUACGGGAAGGAAGGAUACGGUGAUGUAAUCCCUUCAGAUGCGAUCCUCCAUUUUGAUGUUCUGUUGUUGGACGUGUGGAACCCUGAUGAUGUGGUUCAGAUGAAGACGUACUACACCCCUGAGAACUGCUCUAGGAAGGUAGAGGUGUCAGACUACGUACGUUAUCAUUACAACGGAACACUGCUGGACGGAACACUGUUCGACUCCAGCCACACCCGUAUGCGUACCUAUGACACCUAUGUGGGGAUUGGCUGGCUGAUCGCUGGCAUGGAUCAGGGGCUUCUGGGCAUGUGUGUCGGGGAGAAACGCAUCAUCACCAUGCCCCCAUCGCUAGGAUACGGAUCAAACGGUGAUGGUAGUGAUAUCCCACAGCAGGCCUCCCUGGUGUUUGACGUGGUCCUACUGAACUUACAUAACCCUAGUCUAACCCUCCUAUCUCUCCUCCCCUUUCUUUCCAUCCAUCCAUCCCAUCCCUCUCUAGGUAGUGAUAUCCCACAGCAGGCCUCCCUGGUGUUUGACGUGGUCCUACUGAACUUACAUAACCCUAGUCUAACCCUCCUAUCUCUCCUCCCCUUUCUUUCCAUCCAUCCAUCCCAUCCCUCUCUAGGUAGUGAUAUCCCACAGCAGGCCUCCCUGGUGUUUGAUGUAGUCCUCUUGGACCUCCAUAACCCUAAAGACGGCGUCAGUAUCAUCAACCAGGACAUACCUCAACCCUGCCACAGGAAGAGUGUUGCUGGGGACUUCAUCAGAUACCACUAUAACGGAUCACUACUGGACGGGACCUUCUUCGACUCCAGCUACUCCCGUAACCGUACAUAUGAUACCUACGUGGGUAAGGGCUAUGUGAUUGGUGGGAUGGACGAGGGUCUGAUUGGAGUCUGCAUCGGAGAGAAAAGACGCAUCAUUAUCCCACCUCACCUCGGAUACGGAGAGGAGGGCACAGGUACUAAGAUCCCAGGUUCUGCUGUCUUGGUGUUUGAUAUCCACAUCAUAGACUUCCACAACCCAUCAGACACAGUGGUGAUCACUACCAACUAUAAACCAGAGGUGUGUGAGACUCUGGCUAAGAAAGGAGACUUUGUUAAAUACCACUACAACGCUUCACUCAUGGAUGGAUCCUUCAUCGACUCCACGUAUAACUAUGGGAAGACGUAUAACAUUGUGCUAGGAGCCAACCAGGUGGUUCCAGGGAUGGAGGAGGGGCUGAAGGAGAUGUGUGUUGGAGAGAGAAGACACCUGGUCAUACCUCCUCAUCUGGGCUACGGAGAGAGGGGAGUGGAUGGUGAAGUGCCGGCCAGUGCUGUCCUGAUCUUCGACAUCGAGAUGAUUGAGAUGGAGGCGGGACUUCCUGAUGGCUACAUGUUCAUCUGGAACGAGGACGUAUCAGCUGACCUCUUCACUGAGAUGGAUGCAGAUAAGGACCUACAGGUGUUGGCCUCAGAGUUCUCAGACUACAUUCUGCGUCAGGUGAACGAGGGUAAAGGACGUCUGGCCCCUGGGUUCGACGCAUAUCGCAUCAUUGAGAACAUGUUUUCUAACCAGGACCGUAAUGGAGACGGAAAGAUCACAGAGGACGAGUUCAAACUGAAGGCCGACGAGACCACACACGAUGAGCUAUAAGAGAGGGGUGCAGAGUGUGUGUGUGUGUGUAUGAAGGGGCUUAUAUGACGGCAAUAUAAGACGAGGGUGUGUGUGUGUGUGUUUGUGUGUGUGAGGGAUUAUAUUGUUGGAGGGUGGCGGGGUGAGAUGGCAAAGGGUCAGAUGUAUAGAAUUAGAGUUGGUCAGAUGUCUAUAGAGAACCAAAGAGAGAGGCAGGAUAUAUUCUGAGUAAUGGGCUGAGAAUCAAAUGGUGGUUUAGUUAGUUUUUACCUGUCGUCUUCGGUGACCAAAGCAGUCUGGUGUUGGCAUGGGGAGGGAAUGAGAGGGGAGAAUAGGAAAGCAGGAGGAAUACAUUUUGAGGAGAUGAGCAAUGUAAGAGCAUUAGAACAAAGGCCCACGUUUUGGUUAGUAGAGCAGUUUCCCAAAUCCAGCCCUUAAGUACCCCCAACAGCAUACAUUUUCUUUGAAGCCUUGGACAAACUCGUCUGAUACGUGUCAACUAAUCAUCAAGCCCUGGAUGAGUUUAAUAUGGUGAGUUUUACAACAAAACGUGUGCUGUUGAGGGUAACAUUACUGGAGGACUGGAGUUGGGAAACAUUGCAUUAGAGGAGCUUGAUGUGUUUCUAUUGUUGAUGAUGAUGAUGUACCUUUGUUCACCUGCUCUGGCAACACUGAUGUGCUUAUUAUUUUAUUAUUGAGGUACUGUUCAGAUGGUGUUUUUUUUUUGUAUUUUGUUGGUGUUGCCUUUUUCAUCUGUGAGAGAAUAAGUGCCUGACAGUGAUUUAGUGACAAACUCUCCACUUUCUGAAGAUGAUCUCUGGAUCUAUGUUCUAUCCCCCGUGUUUAAUAGUUAGUUAUUGUCUGUGGGUCAAACGCUUUCAAUUUCAAAUCUUCUGUCCCACCAACAUAUCUUAUAGAGCACAAUUACAGUACUAUAAAAAUGUUAUUUAUUGUAUUAACAAACACCAUGAUGGAUGCAGUCAGGUGAUUGCAGAAUUGCUUCCACAGUACCAUCUAUGCAAGUUCCGUACUAUCCAGCUAACGUGUGUGUUUUAGUAAAGGUUUGCCAAAUGAUUCAGGUGCUAAAACUUUGUUUAUAUUCCUUGUUGUCAUGUGUACAAACGCUUCCUGUAUUCUCUGCUGUCUAAGCCAAUCAAGUACAAUACUACACAUCUAGUCAUUCAGCUGCCCACUCACAACACUGUCUCCUAUGCAACAUUUACCUAUAUGUUGGUGCCACUAUCAGGUAGUUCCCCCCCCAAUAGAUUGUGUUAUAAUUAUGCUAUGCUCUGCACACACACCUCACCUGCACCAGCUUUGGCAAAGUGUGUGAAGUGUGUACGUGUGUGUUUGCAACAGUUGAGUUUGUUUUAUAUCUGAUGCCUCUGUUUGAGAGUAAUGAGUGAUAAUGAUGCUGUAAAUGUGUCGUUUCUAAGGUGCAUUUGAAUAAAUGCACAUUCCAACAA